AUGUCCGCUUCCGGCGGCGUUUCACUGUCGAGACCUCCGAUUCUGUGGCCCGCCACUUUCAGUUCGAGCCCGACGGCCAACUCUCUCAUGAGUUUACUUGCCUUGUUGAUUUAUUCUCUUUGUGGAGCAGUGGCUCAGGAGGCUUACACCGAUGUUCUGGGCUGGACUCAGGCCUGCACCAUGCCCACGCCUGCAACCCGUUUGGGCCUGACAGCUGUAAGAAAGCACAGAGAGAAGAAAAAAUCCCGAACUGCUUCCCUGGAAGAUGAGGUUGUGAGACUUUGGGCCAUGAACCAGCAGUUGAUGAAGAGGCUGCAGGAACAAGCCCUACUGGAGGCUGAGAUUGCUAAGCUUAAGUGCUUGCUGGUGGAUAUCAGGGUAGGAUCAAAGGGGAAAUUGGGUCUUUUCCUUACCAGAAGCCGAAUAAAGCUGGGGAUGUUUACUGAAGUGGGAGAUCGUGCUGCACCCUUCACGUGA